AUGACUGACAUAUGCCAUUCCGGAAUAACAAAAGAUGGCCAAACUAGGCUCAAAUCGUCGCUUAUUCGAGCACAACUGGGUGGCACCCCAUCUGUAGGUCAAUGGCUGCAGUUUCAGGGUCAUCAGCUUGCAUCUAUGGUUGCUUCUCUUGGACCCGAUUGGGUGUUAGUUGAUUGCGAGCAUGGCGGCCUCGACGAUAGCAGCAUGCACGCAUCCGUCCGGGCCAUCGCCGCAGCCGGCGCAUCUCCUAUUGUGCGUAUUCUUGGACCAGAAGCUUGGAUGAUCAAAAGAGCUCUAGACUGCGGUGCGCAUGGCAUCAUGGUUCCGAUGGUAGAGACAGCGGCUCAAGCCGAGUUUGUCGCAAAAGCAUCACGAUAUCCUCAUGCGGCGUCUGGCCACCCAGAUGGCUUCCGCGGUACUGGUGGGCUCUUUGCCCCGGCAGCAUGGGGCAUGGGAGUUGACUAUGCAAGAUAUGUCACUUCCGUGAACAAAGAACUUAUCGUGAUAGUACAGAUUGAGACGGCCGAAGGUGUUCGUAAUUGUGAAGACAUUGCGGCCACCCCUGGCAUUGAUGCACUCUUUGUUGGACCAAAUGAUUUGGCAGCUUCUAUGGGAUUCCUCGGCCAAGAUCACACUCAGUCAUCAGAGGUCCAGGAGGCCACCGCAAAGGUACUGCAAGCAGCGAAGAAUGCAGGCAAGUUUGCAGGACACUUUGCCCUAAGCGCCGAGGCCGCGGCUGCUCGUGUUAGACAGGGAUGGGAUUUUGUCAAUUGCGGCGCAGAUACGGUUGCCAUUAUAUCAUGGAUGUCAAACGAGAUGAAGAAAUUAUCUGAGAGUCACGAAGGCAAUGCUGCCAAACAGGUCAAGACAAAUGGGAAGACUGGGAUGAACGGAUAUUCAUAA